GCGGCGCCAGUCUUGUGCGCGGCGCUUGCGGCUCGGUUCGGUUCUGCUCGGCACGGUGCAGCGACGCCUGCUGCCCGGCGCGAGGGCGGGCGAGUCUCCUCCGGCCCGGGAGAGCGCCUGCGACCGAAGCCAUGCAGGCUACCGCCGCCGUGCAGGCCACCGCCCUGCACGCCGCCGCCAUGGUGCUGUACCCGGGCGUGCUCGUCUCGGCGACGGGCAGCCGCACGCCCGUGCUCGUCUCCAUCCGAUCAAUAACGUUUACUGCUUGUACGAGCGGCGUCAAGGCGUCAACGCUCGUCGACCACGGCCGCACGCAGCGAGCGCCUCGCGCAGCCAAGGCGCCGACGCCGACGCCGCGGAAGGAGGCCGCGGGGCGGCGCGGGGAACGAGGGGCGAAAACCGUCACAGGCGCUUUACGACUUUCGGGCGCCGCGCCUGCGGGAAGGUCGCCCGCCCGACGAUCGGAGCGUCCUCUGCCACGCGACGCGGAGGACAAAAGCCCCCCGCCGUGCGAGGACGAACUGCUGCUGGGCUGGAAUCUGAAUUACGGCUUUACGACCUCGCUGCGGAAUGACGAGACCGACCCCGCGCGGGCGCUGGCCUGCCUCAGCGACGGGCUGGGCGCCGCCUCCGGGGACGCCAUGUGGCUGCUCGACAUCCCGCAGCCCGCGCUGGGCCACCAGGGUGAGUACAGCCCCUCCCCUCCUCCUCCCCCUCCCCUCUCCACCCAACGCUCGUUCGUGUGCUCUCGACCAGGUCGCGUGGUUUCAUGCGGCGUCAGGGCGCAAGACACAUGGCACGCAUCAAAUAAGCGUCAUUCUCUCGUGGAGUAA